CUCGAACUGUGUUCUCCAGCAGCUUAGCCUUCUUCUCACAAGAAAACUAAAGGCGGGAUCUGUGCAUUCUCUACGGACUUUAGAGUGCAGGGGAAGUUAAGAAGGAAGGGAAUCAACCAUGCACGCCCCCGUCCUCGUUCUCAAGGAUUCUUUGAAGCGUGAAUCUGGAAGUAAAGUGCACCAUGCAAAUAUUCAAGCAUCCAAGGCCGUUGCUGACAUCAUCCGUACUACUUUGGGCCCCCGCUCAAUGCUGAAGAUGCUCCUAGAUGCUGGAGGAGGCAUUGUAGUCACAAAUGAUGGAAAUGCUAUACUGCGUGAGUUGGACCUUGCCCAUCCAGCUGCUAAGUCUAUGAUUGAACUCAGCCGCACACAAGAUGAAGAAGUAGGGGAUGGAACCACUUCAGUAAUUGUUCUUGCUGGCGAGAUGCUUCAUGUGGCUGAAGCUUUUAUUGACAAGAACUAUCACCCUACAGUCAUUUGCCGAGCAUACAACCAAGCACUUGAGGACGCCAUUGCUGUGCUUGACAAAAUUGCUGUGUCGGUUGAUGUGAAUGAUCGUUCUGCAAUGCUGGGACUUGUUAGGAGUUGUAUUGCUACAAAGUUCACUAGUCAGUUUGGAGAUCUCAUUUCUGACUUGGCUAUUGAUGCUACCAUGACUGUGGGUGUGGAUCGUGGCCAAGGAUUACGAGAAGUGGAUAUCAAAAAGUAUAUAAAAGUUGAGAAGAUUCCUGGUGGCCAAUUAGAAGAUUCUAGGGUGCUGAAAGGGGUUAUGAUUAACAAAGAUGUUGUUACCCCUGGAAAAAUGAGAAGAAAGAUUUUAAAUCCACGCAUCAUGCUUCUUGAUUGCCCUCUUGAAUACAAGAAGGGAGAGAAUCAGACAAAUGCUGAACUGCUUAAGGAAGAGGACUGGGGAGUGCUUCUCAAAUUGGAAGAAGAAUAUAUUGAGAACCUCUGUGCACAGAUUCUGAAAUUCAAGCCCGACUUGGUAAUCACAGAGAAGGGUCUUAGUGAUCUAGCUUGCCAUUUCUUGAGCAAGGCAGGGGUCAGUGCUAUCAGAAGGUUGAGAAAGACUGACAACAACAGGAUCGCUAAGGCAUGUGGAGCAGUUGUGGUCAACAGACCAGAUGAGCUCCAGGAAUCUGAUGUUGGAACAGGAGCAGGACUUUUUGAGGUCAGGAAAAUUGGGGAUGAGUUUUUUGCCUUCAUUGAGGAGUGCAAAGACCCAAAGGCUUGUACGAUUCUUCUAAGGGGUGCUAGCAAGGACCUCUUAAAUGAAGUGGAAAGGAACCUUCAGGAUGCCAUGUCCGUAGCACGAAAUAUAAUUAAAAAUCCAAAGCUUGUUCCUGGUGGGGGUGCUUCGGAGCUGACUGUAUCGGCUACACUGAAGCAGAAGAGUUCUUCUAUUGAAGGCAUAGAAAAGUGGCCAUAUGAAGCUGCCGCUAUAGCCUUUGAAGCAAUUCCCCGAACUUUGGCCCAGAACUGUGGUGUGAAUGUGAUCCGGACGAUGACUGCAUUGCAGGGAAAGCAUGCAAAUGGUGAAAACCCCUGGAUAGGUAUUGAUGGGAUCACUGGUGCUAUUGUGGAUAUGAAAGAGAAGAGGAUUUGGGAUGCAUAUAAUGUGAAGGCACAGACAUUCAAGACGGCCAUCGAAGCUGCUUGUAUGCUAUUGAGGAUUGAUGACAUUGUGAGUGGUAUCAAGAAGAAGCAAGCUCCUGGGGCUGGCCAAGGACCUUCUAAGCCUAAGAUUGAGGAAGAAGGAGAUGCAGACAAUGAGCAGAUGAUUCCAGAGUAGAUUCCCCCUGCUGUGGUUGUUAUACUUGCAUCAGUCACCUGAAGUUCCUUUGUUCCUACUAAUCACAUGGGUAAAUAUCAAAGCCUGGUCUAAAGUGAGUUUUCUACACUAAUUACAUGAAUGACCCUUAUCCCCUUUCUGUGGGGGUUAUCGGGGUGGGAGAGGGAUCUAAACCGUUCAAUGGGUUUUUGCAUUUUUGGUUUCUCCAUUUCCUAGUUGAGUGUUUUUAACUUUUGGUUCUCAUCAGCUGUGCAACCAAUUUAGGAGACAAUGGUGGAUUGUAGUGGUGCAGGGUAAUGAAGUUCCAUAAUUUCAUUGUGAUAGUAGUAAAAAUUCAGGCAAAUUUAGUGUUGGGGUUAA